GGAGGCGCCUGAGCGCGGCGGCAUCUUCCCGCGUCUCAUCGGCAGGAGGAGGAGCCGCCGCCGCCUGCGCGGAAGGGUGACACAAGCACAAAUCCAUAUGGAGGAUGAAUCUCCUCCAUCUCAAGGAGUCAGUGUCAAGGUCUUGGAUGCAACAUUAUUGUCAGCCCUGAAGAUGCUGGAUGUUGGGAAAUGGCCUAUUUUUUCUCUCUGUUCCCAAGAAGAGCUCAAACUAAUUCGUCAAGCCUGUGUAUUUGGCAAUGCUGGUAAUGAAGUGUUGUAUGCAACUGAAAAUGAUGAGGUUUUUGUGCUUGGCAUGAACUGCAGUGGGUGUUUGGGAACAGGUGACAUGCAGAGCACUAUUGAACCAAGGAGGUUAGAUUCUCUCUGUGGUAAAAAGAUAGCCUGUCUGAGUUAUGGAAGCGGCCCACAUGUCGUUCUUGCUACAGAAGAAGGAGAAGUGUAUACAUGGGGUCAUAAUGCCUACAGUCAGUUGGGCAAUGGUACGACAAAUCAUGGUUUCAUUCCCUGUCAAGUCUCUACUAACUUGGUGAACAAGAAGGUCAUUGAAGUUGCUUGUGGCUCACAUCAUUCUAUGGUGUUAACAUCUGAUGGAGAGGUAUAUACAUGGGGCUAUAAUAACUCAGGACAAGUUGGGUCUGGUUCAACAGCUAAUCAACCAAUUCCUCGAAGAGUUACCAGCUGCCUACAGAAUAAAAUAGUAGUUAAUAUAGCUUGUGGACAGAUGUGCUCUAUGGCCGUGGUGGAAAAUGGAGAGGUCUAUGUCUGGGGUUACAAUGGUAAUGGGCAGCUUGGACUGGGCAGCAGUGGCAACCAGCCGACACCGUGCCGAAUAGCAGCUCUGCAAGGCAUUCGCGUGCAGCGGGUUGCCUGUGGCUAUGCACAUACGUUAGUGCUAACAGAUGAAGGUCAGAUUUAUGCCUGGGGAGCCAAUUCAUAUGGCCAGUUAGGUACUGGGAAUAAAAAUAACCAAUCUUACCCUACAACAGUUUAUGUGGAUAAGGACAGAGUUAUAGAGAUUGCAGCCUGCCACUCGGCUCACACGUCGGCCGCCAAGACGCAGAGCGGGCAGGUGUACAUGUGGGGCCAGUGCCGGGGCCAGUGCGUGGUCCUUCCCCACCUCACUCACUUUGCCUGCACUGACGACGUCUUUGCUUGCUUUGCUACCCCUGCUGUCAUGUGGCGCCUGCUCUCAGUAGAGCCUGAUGACCAUCUGACAGUAGCCCAGUCACUAAAGAAGGAAUUUGACAACCCUGAAACUGCAGACCUGAAGUUUCUAGUGGAUGGAAAAUACAUUCAUGUUCAUAAAGUUCUUCUCAAAAUUAGGUGUGAACAUUUUCGUUCCAUACUGAAUAAUGAUGAUGAAACUAUAGAAAUGAGUGAAUUUUCUUACCCUGUUUACCGAGCCUUCCUGGAGUACCUCUAUACAGACAAUAUUAGGCUCCCUCCUGAAGAUGCAAUAGGCCUGCUAGAUUUGGCAACGCUAUAUAGAGAAAACAGAUUGAAAAAGCUUUGCCAGCAAACGAUCAAACAAGGCAUUUGUGAAGAGAAUGCCAUCGCUCUUCUUUCUGCUGCUGUCAAAUACGAAGCUCAGGAUUUGGAAGAAUUUUGCUUCAGAUUUUGCAUAAACCAUUUAACUGUUGUAACGCAAACUCAAGGCUUUGCAGACAUGGACCACGACCUCCUGAAAAACUUCAUCAGCAAAGCAAGCAGAGUGGGAGCAUUCCGAAACUGAGGUCUGACUACCAACCACGCUGAAGAGCACAUCCUCUUCCCUCCUGAAAAUACUUCUGCUUUGGACAACUUACCCAUGGUCAGAAUGCGCAAAGGUUUGGAAAGAAAGACUCAGUGUCCAUCAGUUAUGGGAAAGUGUAAAUGUCUGUUACCAACACCUUUUUGGUAAGGACGGCUACAGCAUCCAUGUGUGCUGAGAGUUCAUUGCCAACAGACAGAAUUAAAACAAAAAUUGAUUGCAGUAACUACCCUCUCCCAUUUAAAGUCGAGUAAACCAAGCUAUCAGUAUCUUGUCUGUCUUUUCCUUUUCUUUAUUUUCUUGGUUGCUUUGGGUUUUUCUUUAAGAACUUACAUUUGGAUAUCACAGGAUGGUGACUUUUUUGCUGCUAAAACUUUCAUAGUACACUUUUCUCACCAAACUACGUGAGCUGCUUUGUGCCUGAUUUAUCAUCUGGUGAAGAUGAUAAAUCCAUUGUUCCAUUGACUGGAACAUCUUUCAUACGAGGAAAGGCUGCAAGAACUGGGGCUGUUUAGUCUGGAGGAGACUGAGAGGGGAAUCUCAUUAAUAUUUACAAAUAUCUAAAGGGUGAGUAUCAGGAGGUUGGGGCAUCCCUUUUUUCUAUAGUAGCUAGCAACAGGACAAGGGGUAAUGGGAUGAAGCUGGAACACAAAAAGUUCUACUUAAACAUAAGAAAAAACUAUUUCCCUGUGGGGGUGAGGGAGCCCUGGCACAGGCUGCCCAGAGGGGUUGUGGAGUCUCCUUCCUUGGAGGUCUUCAAGACUUGUCUGGACAUGUUCCUAUGUGACCUGAUCUAGGUGACCCUGCUUCUGCAGGGGGGUUGGACUAGAUGAUCUCUAAAGGUCCCUUCCAACCCUACCAUCCUGUGAUUAAGUUCCACGUGAGCUUUGUUUAUUCCUGUCUUACUACCUAUCCCCAGAUAGUUCACCUUAAGAAAAUAGUUUUGAAGUGACAAAAGUGGAUCUUAAAUGAAAUCAUGAGCGACACAUUAUUUUCCCCAUGGCAGUAAGGACACCUUGUCCACGGAACAGCACUCCAGGUUCUUCUCUGGUCAGUGCUGCAAGGUGACCUUAACACUUACCUCAUGUGCCUGCUUUGGGUGAGAGGAGUUGCCCUUUGGACAUGGUGCCUCUCUCUGAGGGUCACUGACCAUUGAAGGCACUGAUGUCCAAGGCAGAGCAGUUGCUUAAUUUCUGAGUUGAGAUGAACCUCCCCGCGCCAAGUGCUGCACAGAGAGUGGUAUUUGCCCCAUUACAGAAGCUGCUGAGCUCAUGAAGCAUCAACUUAAACUUUGUAAUAGGCAACGGUGAAUUAACUCUGAGACAUAAUUUCUCUUAAAAUUUUGACUGAGUCAAGUGGCUCUAAGUAUCUUGUGUAGUGUUUUACAAAGAGAAGACAAGAAGCUGAAUGGCCAAGCUCCAUACGCUGAUUACAAUUAGUCACAUGACCUGCCUUCAGAUACAUGCUGUGUCAGCCCUGGAUGACUCCUCCUAAUCUGCCGAUGUGGUUUCCAAGAACCUAAUUCCCUUAAGUGACCACAGCCUAAUUUCCUCAUUUCUAAAGUAAUAGUAACAGUUCCUUAUUACCGUGGAGGAUGAUGUCUCAAACAAUCCUGUUCCUUGAGGAGGAGGAAAAGGAGAAGCACUUCCUCAGAGAUGAAGAUAAGUAGUGAGUAGUGCCUCUCUUCGCAUCUGCCCCUGUGGGUGCAAGUGGAAGAAUGAGGGAUGCAGACAGUAGAAUUUACUUAGGGAGAGGGCCAUAAGCAAAUUAAUUUGCAAUCUGCUGUGGUAAAAAAUUACCUGUGUUUGAGGCAUUUAGAAAUAUACAGAAAUAAAUUAGGUCAUGUACUGCAAACAAGCAUGUUCUGCCACCCCCUCAGUGACUCGUACAACUUCCUCCACCAGCUUAAGCCCAUGCUGCAGCAGCUGUGUCAGUAUUUUUUAUUCAAACAGAGAUGGUAAAAAACUUUCCACUAUAUAAUGCAGCUUCACCAAAACCAUAUCCAUAUAACAUAACACUUCCCUGGGGAAAAAAAGAUCAGUUUUGGUAAGUGUGUGUUGGAAAGCACACUUGACUCAGGCACAUAGACAGGGGUUCAUGCAGACAGGAAAACAAUACUGUGGUAGAGCACUUGUCUGCAAACCUUGUAUGACACAGCCCAACACUGACCAUGCCAACACAUAGACAUAAGGCAAUUCUUCAUAAGCCAGGGCUGGGUAAUUGUAGAUUUAGGGUAGGUAGCAUUACAUUCCUAGAGGCUUUUAUUUAUUUACUUGUUUUAAACUUCCAGUGCAUGCACUUUUCUCAACACUUAAAAGUCGACAUUUAAAAAACCAUAUUGGCUUAGGUGGUUAACUGUGGAUGUGUGUGUGUAGCAGGAGGUGCUUGAAAGCCCAUCCUGGGACAUUUUAGAAUAAAUCAAGGAUGCCUUUUACUGUUUAUACAGGUAGUUUGCAACAAACCAACGUUUGUGGCUCUUGCAGGUAAAGUACUAUUUGAAGUAUGCUAACCAUCUUUUCUGGUUUUGGACAGCAGAGACAAAAAGGUCUUUGUUAAAAAGUGAAAAUAAGGUCAAGCAUAAACUGUAUCUGGGGUUUAAACAAAGGAGGAUGUUCAACUUUACAGAAAGGGAACCAAUGGAAUCUGAAAGAAAAAGAAUUGUCAAGGGUAGGGUCAUUUAAAGCUUCUCUUCAGGUUACUGAAGCUAACAGCCAGCAUUGCAUUGUCAUCUAGUAGCCAUCUCUAGAGUUUUGUUACAAUGCCUGAUAGCUAAGCUGCUGGUUUUAUAUGAUCUGAUGUUUCCUUGUAACAUAAAGCAUUUAUUUACCCCACAGAGGCAGGACUCACCAGCUACCACCUACUGUUGGAAAACAUUUACAGCCUGAACAUACAAAAUAUGUUUUGAUUUCUUGUUUCUUUGUAAACGUGUCUGGUUUUAAUAAACUAUUAAUAAAAAUGCUGUAAUAUUUAA